AUGGCCUCAAACAGUCCCCUCGUGCUUGGUUUUCUAAGCUCUUCUGCUCUUUUAUCAUUGGGGUAUUCAGCCUCUAAAGCAGAUUCUAGUAUGUACAUGUUUUGGUCAUCAAACUGUGUGAUUAUAAUCCAGAUUUAUGUUGAUGACAUUCUUAUGACCAGGAACAAAUCACUCUACUUGCAGCGCCUCUUAGUUCAACUUCAGUCGCAAUUUUCCAUUAAAGAUCUUGGGGAUCUUCAUUAUUUUCUUGGGUUGGAGGUCACUCGGUCUUCUACAGGCCUUCAUCUUUGUCAAACCAAGUAUAUUUCAGAUCCUCUCCACCAUACAUCUCUUCUUGAUUCCAAACCAGUAGCUACGCCAAUGGCCAUUGGUUCAGUGUUGUCUAUUCAUGAUGGCGCCCCUUUGGUUAAUGGUUCGGAAUAUCGCAGUGUAGUUGGGGCUCUUCAGUAUUGUACUCUUACUCGUCCUGAUAUAUCUUUUUCAGUCAACAAGUUAUGCCAGUUUAUGCUUCAGCCUACCGAUCUUCAUUGGUUAGCAGUCAAGCGCCUUCUUCGGUAUCUUAAGGGUACCCCGUACUUUGGUCUUCAUUUUCUGUGCUCUGUUGAUUAUUCACUCCAUUGUUACACUGAUGCCAAUUGGGCUUCUUGCCCGGAUAAUCAUCGAAGCACUAGUGAUUAUUGUAUAUUCCUUGGGGGCAAUCUUUUUUCAUGGUCUUCCUCCAAACAAAAAGUGGUUUCACGCUCAACUACAGAGGUUGAAUAUAAGAGCAUCGCACAUGGUACUACUGAACUUGGUUGGAAUCAAUUCUUACUGAUUUGGGCAUUUCUUCCUCUGUUCCACCUACUGUUUUGUGUGAUAAUAUCACUGCCACUUACUUGA